UAGACAAAAUGUCAAUAAAACAAUUAAAAAAACGUAGUGUCAAAAGAUAUUUGUUGUUUGUGUGAUCAUCUUGGUAAAAAUUGUUUUUGAAAACAUUUUCGUUGUUCUAACGAUGAUUGUAGUAAUCAAAAAUUAAUUAAGAUUUAUAGACGGUAUUAAGUGCAUAAUCGAUAUGUGGGUUAAGCCUCAAGAAAUUUUCAUAAAAACUGCGCUUUGGGAUACUGAUGAAACGACUUUGUACUUCGUCCUGCAGAGAAGGAAAGGGCAUGGCAAGUCGAAAGGUUUCUCCUCGCUUCUCGUUGGUACUUUAGAUAGUGUUCGAGAUACAAAACCAGCGCCCUACCGAAUUUUACAUCAGACACCUAACUCAGAAGUAUAUUAUGUGAUAGCCACUGCUCUAACCGAGCCAGAAAUACGCCAGGAUUGGCAGUGGCUGUUCGAGAAUGUUUGUCCAACAUUACACUCAUUUGAUACCGAGGAAGAGGUCACUGAGUUUGUGUGCUGUAAAAUAAAUUCUAUCAUCGCUACAGAGCAGGAGACUUUUACUGAGGAUGAAGACACAGUCACAUACAAAAAUGUGGACUACGAAUUCCAUGAAAGAUUCCGUAUGCCCAAAGAUGAGAAAUUGGUCUGCUACUACUCUUGUAGUUACUGGAAAGGCAAGAUGCCCCGCCAAGGUUGGAUGUACCUAUCAGUCCACUACAUGUGUUUCUACUCCUAUAUAUUCGGACGCAAAACUUCUAUCAAGAUCCGCUGGGCUGACGUCACGGAAUUGGCGAAAACCAACAGUCUUUUGUUUCCUGACUCGAUUAAAGUGGUUACCAGGGACGGAGAACAUUACUUCACAUUGUUUUUGAGGAAGAAUGAGACUUUCGCUUUGAUGCAGCAGUUGGCUAAUAUUGCUAUGAAACAAUUAAUCGACGAUAAGUCAGGAUCCUUCAAUAUUGACAAGGAUCUCUUGACGAAGCUUAGCAAAAACGUGCCAAAGAAGCCUUCAUUCCUGAAAAGAGAUUUGGAUGCUAGAAAACAGUCCAAUCUCUUUACUUUGAGAUUCCGAUUACCACAGAAUGAAAAGUUGGAUGGCACGGAAGAGUGUACUCUAUGGACUCCUUACAAUAAGAGACAUAAUUGGGGAAGACUGUAUCUGUCGCAGAACUUCAUUUGUUUUGAUAGUCGGGUCCGCAAUCUAGUCCGUCUCACAAUACCUCUCCGUAACGUCCACCAAGUGGAGCGAGCUGACUCCGGAGGCACUGGUUCCUCAGGAGAUUCUGGCAGCAUCCUCAUAACAACUGCCCAUCAUACCAGCUUUCUAUUCGGCAAUAUAUCUGAUAGGGACUUCUUGGUGCAUAAGAUAUCGGAACUCCUUGCUAAGUUGCCCAAUGAUGUGUACAGGGAGAAGGCGACUAAGGCCGUGGCUCAGACGGAGGUUGAAGGUUGGACACCGCAGCCGCCGCUCAUGACUCUCUUCAGAACUCACCAGACUUCGCCUAUUAAACAGAUACAACAGAAAAAGGAGAAGCAAUGGGAAGACCAUAUGGCCGAAGUGGGCCGAGGAGUCAGCAUGUACCAAACCACAGAAGGCAGCGAACUAGUCGUCGGCGGAAUACCAGAACUAUUAAGAGGAGAACUUUGGAGUGUCUUCUCAGGCUCCAUACUACAAAAAGCACAAAAUAAAGGCCUAUACGAAAGACUGGUGAACAAAGCUCUGUCGACUAAGAAUCAGGCGAACGAUGAAAUUGAAAGGGAUUUGCAUCGGUCUUUGCCUGAGCACAGGGCUUUUCAGAAUGAUGUCGGUAUAUCAGCGCUUCGACGCGUCCUAUGCGCAUACGCACUAAAGAACCCACAGAUAGGUUACUGCCAAGCAAUGAACAUAGUCGCUUCAGUAUUGCUAAUAUAUUGCCCUGAAGAACAAGCCUUCUGGCUUCUAGCUACCAUAUGCGAGACUUUGUUACCUGAUUAUUAUAAUACUAGGGUGGUUGGGGCUUUGGUUGACCAAGGCGUACUCGAAGAGUUGACUGAAGUCCACCUACCAGAACUUCACGCCAAGUUAGACGAAUUGGGCAUGAUGAAGAUGAUCUCCCUCUCCUGGUUCCUGACGUUAUUCAUCAGUGUGAUGCCGUAUGAGUGUGCUGUUAACGUCAUGGACUGCUUCUUCUAUGAUGGUGCUAAAGUAAUUUUUCAGGUAACUCUCACAAUACUAGAUAUAAACCGAGACAAACUCCUCAAAUGUACUGAAGAUGGACAGGCUAUGCAGGUCUUGAAUGACUACCUUCAAGGCAUAUACAAUGAAGAAGCCAUGGCUUUGUCUACGGAACCAAGGACCGCUGAGAAGACAAUAAAAAUCCAAGAGCUAAUAUACCAGUCCUACCGUUCAUACGGCAGCAGUGUUUCAAGUGAGAACAUAGAACAUUUGAGACUGAAACACCGAUUGAGGGUAGUUAGACAGUUAGAAGAUAGUCUUGAGAAGAAUACACUCAGAGCUUUACAACAGGAUAAACUUCUGGAGUUGAAUGAGUUACAGGAAUUACUAAGUGCCAUUCGCGAAGAACUUCUAUGGGCAAAGAGAGUGCCUUGUGAACGAUUAGAAGCUCCAUACGAGUCAUAUAGACUGGAUUACACGCAAUUCAAAACUUUGUACUUCGCGUUGUCGCCGUGGGCUAAAGGAGAUUUUGCUGAAGCUAUCACUGCUAGGAUGUUUAAGCUAAUGGACUACGACGAAGACGGCCUAGUAAGCGCCCGCGGUCUCAGCGUAGCCCUAGGGCUGUCGACCCGCGCGGAGGCGGCGCGGCGGCUGCGCGCGCUGUACUGUGCGCACGCGCCGCCGCUGCUGCCGCGCCGGGACCUCAGGCCCACGCACUUUACUGAUACCGGAGAGGAGUUAGCUGCCGAUGCUAUAUCGUUCUUUGAUACUGCUGAAGAUGAGCCCGUGUCUCCGGAGCCGGGACCACUGCAGCGUUCUAUAAGCGAAAUGUGUGGUGAUGGCCUGCCCAUGGACAAGAGCGAUUCUGAUAACAGUCAAUUGGGCACGUACAUAACAGCGGAGAGCGUACGAGCCUGCGGGCUGGCCGGGCUCGGCAGCGGCGCCAGCACCCCGGGCGCCGCGCCCGCCGCCCCCGCCCUGCCGCGCGACCACUUCCUGCAGCUGCUGGCCGUGCUGCACGACCUCACGCAGCGACAGCCUGAUGUGUACGAGGCUGUGGUGCUGGCAGGUACUGUAGCUUGUUACUGCGACCACUUCCUGCAGCUGCUGGCCGUGCUGCACGACCUCACGCAGCGACAGCCUGAUGUGUACGAGGCUGUGGUGCUGGCAGGUACUGUAGCUUGUUACUGCGACCACUUCCUGCAGCUGCUGGCCGUGCUGCACGACCUCACGCAGCGACAGCCUGAUGUGUACGAGGCUGUGGUGCUGGCAGGUACUGUAGCUUGUUACUGCGACCACUUCCUGCAGCUGCUGGCCGUGCUGCACGACCUCACGCAGCGACAGCCUGAUGUGUACGAGGCUGUGGUGCUGGCAGGUACUGUAGCUUGUUACUGCGACCACUUCCUGCAGCUGCUGGCCGUGCUGCACGACCUCACGCAGCGACAGCCUGAUGUGUACGAGGCUGUGGUGCUGGCAGGUACUGUAGCUUGUUACUGCGACCACUUCCUGCAGCUGCUGGCCGUGCUGCACGACCUCACGCAGCGACAGCCUGAUGUGUACGAGGCUGUGGUGCUGGCAGGUACUGUAGCUUGUUACUGCGACCACUUCCUGCAGCUGCUGGCCGUGCUGCACGACCUCACGCAGCGACAGCCUGAUGUGUACGAGGCUGUGGUGCUGGCAGGUACUGUAGCUUGUUACUGCGACCACUUCCUGCAGCUGCUGGCCGUGCUGCACGACCUCACGCAGCGACAGCCUGAUGUGUACGAGGCUGUGGUGCUGGCAGGUACUGUAGCUUGUUACUGCGACCACUUCCUGCAGCUGCUGGCCGUGCUGCACGACCUCACGCAGCGACAGCCUGAUGUGUACGAGGCUGUGGUGCUGGCAGGUACUGUAGCUUGUUACUGCGACCACUUCCUGCAGCUGCUGGCCGUGCUGCACGACCUCACGCAGCGACAGCCUGAUGUGUACGAGGCUGUGGUGCUGGCAGGUACUGUAGCUUGUUACUGCGACCACUUCCUGCAGCUGCUGGCCGUGCUGCACGACCUCACGCAGCGACAGCCUGAUGUGUACGAGGCUGUGGUGCUGGCAGGUACUGUAGCUUGUUACUGCGACCACUUCCUGCAGCUGCUGGCCGUGCUGCACGACCUCACGCAGCGACAGCCUGAUGUGUACGAGGCUGUGGUGCUGGCAGGUACUCUUCUAUUGCAACUGGGUGAACACAACCAUCGCCCGCUGCUGGACCGUGAGAUCUCACAAGACAGCUUGUUCCUAGCUGCCGCCGCUAAGCAACCUGAGGUACAGCUGGAUCCCAACGGCAACGCAACUGAACCCGAACAAGAAAGCCAAAAGCCCUCACCUUCCAAAGAAACCGAGCCAGAAGGGGUCUGGUCGAUCACUUUAGAACAAUUCCUAGCCACCAUGCUAGCCCAGUCUGCUCUCGAAGAGUUCUUUAAUGAGAAGGUGUCUAUUCUACCAGCUUUGGAACUGCUGAGACAGAGGGACAGGUUGCAAUCGGUUUCAUAGCUGGUAGAGAUAGCCGGGUUGCUUGGAAUAAGCCUCUAAACCCUGCUAAUGAGAAGUUGGUUCUGAUUUCUGAAGGGAGUUCAGUUGUCGAUAGUAUAAGCCGGCUAAAGUGAAUAGUAAUGUUACUAAAUACAAUGAUUACACUAAAGCUGACACUUGUAUUUAGCUUUUUAAGCUUCUUGUAUGGAAAUCAUUUGAUUUGUUAAAAUAUAGUGCUUUAACUUGAUCAAUCUGCUGUCGUCGACUUGUUCAUUUCUCUACACGAAAAUCAGUAAAAGCCAAUAAGCAAUUCAGUCGGUUUAUAUUCAUAUCGACAAAAUGUUUGACGACCUUUUCGCUUUGAUAGUUUUGAACAUGUAUUUAAUCUGUUAUGGUCUGUCCUUUUUAAAUAUAUUUUAAAUUGUACAUCCAGAAUGAAUCUGUAACAACAUUUGGAACUUACGAGCGUUAUCGUGAAUUGUUCAAAAAUAUUAAAUGAAGGAUCUUGUAAACAGUCGCGAUUUGAAAUUGCCUUAGUAUGUGUUAGAUUGUAUGUGUUCACCUAACCUGCUAUGUACCACGCAGUUAUUUUAACUAGCUUAUUUUGUGUAAACAUAUUGUAUAUAGAGCUUAAGUAUAUAAAUAUAGGUACUGGAAUAAUUACGAUUUCUUUUCAAAAUUAAGAGAUAUGUGGACUUUUUAUAUUGUUUCAAAUGUUUGUCUUGUCGAUGGAGAUACAAUAAGGCCUUGAUUACAUGCAGAUAAUUUUAUUAAAAAAAACCUCAAAAGUAGUAAUAUCAUGUAUGAAUUCCAUAGAAAAGUAUUUAGGAAUAUAAUAUUAAAAAGUAUUUUUCAAGGCAAACAUUUCGCUGAACAUUCCAGAAUUGUUACUUUAAGUAUUUUUUUAUUAUUAACGAUGAUUUUACUAGGUAUUUGUAUUUAUCGGUGCUUCAAGAUAUUGGUACGUUACAGGAAAAUAACAUACAAAAACGUAAAUUAUAUUUAUAAACAUCGCCAGAUAGACAAACGGUAUUGUUAUUUUUGUACUUACUUUGGACAAAUGUUCUCUUCAUCUGACUUUGAGAAUAUUGACUGUAACUCCUCGAUUCAAAAACGAAAACAUUAUGAUUUAUAAUCUUAUCUACCAGUACCGAGUAGUUUAUUAUAAAUAUACCUACAUAUACAUAGCCAUAUUAAUUGUAAGUUUAGUCUAACAUAAACAAAUUAACCUUUGUACCUAAACUACUAAAGUGUAUUUAAAAGAAUUCUCUAACCAUGUAACACUAGGUUUAGUACAAAUUAGCAUUUUCUGUAUAUUAUAUAGGACUUAUAUUGAUACCUUUUACUUAGAUGUCAGCUUUGCUUCCAAAUAAGUUAUUUUCAUACGCUUUUAAAGCAAAAUUU